GCGCGCUUUCGCGAAGAAGUCCAACCGCAAGCGCGGUCCCGAGCCACCAGAGAUCCUUUCAAGACCACUUUUCUCGCAAAAAGCGCCACUUCAUGUAGUAACGGUAGAUCCGCGGAUCCUCCAAUGACCUCUCAUGGUCAAUUGGGAUCAAGUCAUUAUAAUCUCCAAAAAAGUUUAGUAACACCAGGAGCAACAAACAGCAACCAUGAGCGAAGACGAUGGCAAGAUAGUGGUGAUGGUGACUGGUGGGUCUGGUCUGGUGGGGGCAGCCAUCAGGGACUACAUUGUGGAGACUGGUGCCAAGGAAAAGGAGGAAUGGAUCUACUUGAGCUCCAAGGACGGAGAUUUGCGCAAGCGCGAUGAUACCGAGAAGAUUUUCAAGGAGAAGAAGCCUACCCAUGUCAUUCACUUGGCCGCCAAAGUAGGUGGUUUGUUUGCCAAUAUGAAUGAAAAGGUAGAGUUCUUUCGGGAAAAUAUCUUGAUCAAUGACAACAUUAUGGAAUGUUGCCGAAUCUACAAGGUUAAGAAACUGGUGUCCUUUCUCAGUACCUGCAUCUUCCCGGAUAAAACCACCUAUCCCAUUGACGAGACUAUGCUUCACGACGGUCCUCCCCAUUCCAGUAACGAGGGAUAUGCCUACGCAAAGCGCCUCAUUGAUACCAUGAACAGAGCGUAUGCCGAGGAAUAUGGAUGCAAUUUCACUUCCAUUAUCCCCACCAAUAUUUAUGGACCCCAUGACAACUUCAAUAUUCAGUCUGGUCAUGUUAUUCCAGGAUUGAUCCACAAGUGCUUUAUUGCCAAGCGCGACAAGACAGCCUUCACUAUUUGGGGAUCAGGAACACCAUUGCGUCAAUUCAUCUACAACAGGGACCUCGCUGAACUCACAGUGUGGGUCAUGAGAGAGUACCAUGAUCCUGCUCCCAUCACCUUGUCAGUCGACGAAGAGGCUGAAGUCAGUAUCAAGGAUGUGGCAUUGGCCAUUGCCAAGGCCAUGGAGUUUGAUGGAGAAGUCAUCUUCGACACUUCCAAGGCGGAUGGACAAUUCAAAAAGACUGCCUGUAACAAGAAGCUCCGCAAGCACCGUCCAGAAUACAAAUUCACUACCAUUGAAGACGGACUCAAAAAAGCAUGCGAUUGGUUUGUGGAAAAUUACGACACGGCUCGUAAAUAGAGCAACUACUACCGUACUGGAUGACGCACGAAACAGAAUCAUGGCCGUCCGUAACGGGAACUUUCACAAAUAAGAGAUGACAAACAGCAAACUUGGAUGCAUGGAUGAAACAGUUGUAUAUACCACGGUUUGGUGAUUCGAUUUCGUUUUGAUUCCCUGUCGAUCGAGGAGCCGUGUGGUGGUGGGACUUUGGAGUUUUUGCUUUGUCUCGAGUUAUUAAUUCUAUGAAUAGAUUUGUGGAUUACC